AUGUCGUCCGGAGGCGCUGAGGCUGCGCCGGCAGGGGGAGGUGCAGGCGCUGGAGUUGCGCGCGUGGGGGGUGAAGGUGCAGCCGCGGUGGCCGCGCCAGGCGCGGGCGCAGCAGUAGGUGCGCCCGCGCUUGCCCCCCCUGCUCUCGUGGUUCUAGAGGGGGUGGCGGAGCGGGAAGGGGAGAUUGUCGCGACCGUGCGGAUAGAUGCGCGGGUGACCGGGGAAGAGGAGGGGCGCAUGGUUGCAGAGGGGCGCGGGGAAGGGGGGGAGGAGGGGGGAGAGUGCGCGGAGGGGCAUGAGGGGGUGCAGUCUCACGUGGUGCAGGUGAAGGCUGGGGCAGGCGUUACCCGUAAGGAACUAGAGGCGGCGGUGCUCUCUGCCCCCUUCGUGGCGUGGCUGCAGCAGAUGGCAGCAAGCAACGGGCUGCUGGGCGCGCAGGGGGGGUGUGACGGCGCCAAGUGUGCGUUGCACGGGGUGACAGUGCAGAGUGUGGACAUGUUCGGGGCGGGCAAGGUGGGCUUCGUCAAGUUCAGAGCCGAUGUGGUCGACGUAGCUACAGGCUCCAAGCUGCCAGGGAUAGUAUUUGCGCGCGGCCCAGCAGUGGGAAUAUUCAUGCUGCUGCGCGUGGCACAGCCACAAGGGGACGGCCCACCGCAACCCCCCACUGACUACGUUGUUCUCACAGAACAGGCGCGAGUUCCAGUGGGAAGGGUGCUGCUGGAGAUGCCAGCUGGCAUGCUGGACGGCAAUCACGGCGAGUUCGUGGGGACAGCAGCAAAAGAGGUGAAGGAGGAGACAGGUAUCACAGUGCACCACGACCAUCUCAUCAACCUCACCGCCUUCCUGGAACCUUCCACGGGGCAACAGAUGCUGCCUUCCCCGGGUGGGUGCGACGAGGGAAUCCUUCUCUUCCUCUAUCGAGCCACCGUAUCACCUUCUCGCAUAGCCAAGCUACAGGGCCGGCAAACAGGCUUACGGCACGAGGGGGAGCUGAUCAAGGUGCACGUGCGCCCUCUGCACUCCAUCUGGCGCCAGUCCGCUGAUUGCAAGGUGCUGGCGGCCAUGGCGCUGUAUCAGAACGCACUGAAGGAGGGGCUGCUGAGGGACGAGUUCCCUGCUGUGGAGGAGAGUGAUGGGGUCAGCAGCGACGGGGAGUGA